AGGUGUGGAGACACAGCCGGCUAGGUGUCUAUUUGAGUUCUCGAGAUGCCGGGCACUGCAGCCAAGGGCUCGGAGUUGUCCGAAAGCAUCGAGAGUUUCGUGGAGGCCCUGAAGCGGGGCGGCGGGAGGCGCAGCUCCGAGGACAUGGCCCGGGAGACUUUGGGAUUGCUGUGCCGGAUUAUCAGGGACCAUCGCUGGAGCAAUGCAGAGGAGCUGAUGGAUCUGAUCUGCAGGGAAGGCCGGAGGAUGACGGCCGCUCAGCCCUCUGAGACCACGGUGGGCAACAUGGUUCGAAGAGUGCUCAGAAUUAUCCGGGAUGAGUAUGGCAGACUCCGUGGACGCAAUGAUGAGAGCGAUCAGCAGGAGUCCCUGCACAAACUCUUGACCUCCGGAGGCCUGAGUGAGGAUUUCAAACUCCAUUAUGCCCAACUCCAGUCCAAUAUUAUUGAGGCCAUUAAUGAGCUGCUUGUGGAACUGGAAGGGACGAUGGAAAAUAUUGCAGCCCAGGCGCUGGAGCAUAUCCACUCCAAUGAGGUGAUCAUGACCAUUGGCUUCUCCAGAACAGUGGAGGCUUUCCUCAAAGAAGCUGCAAGGAAGAGGAAGUUUCACGUCAUUGUGGCUGAAUGCGCACCUUUCUGCCAGGGUCAUGAAAUGGCAGUUAACCUGUCCAAAGAAGGUAUUGAGACAACCGUCAUGACAGAUGCUGCCAUAUUUGCUGUUAUGUCAAGAGUCAACAAGGUGAUCAUUGGCACAAAGACUAUCCUGGCCAACGGUGCUUUGAGAGCUGUGACAGGAACUCAUACGCUUGCACUGGCUGCCAAACACCAUUCCACGCCCCUCAUUGUCUGUGCAUCCAUGUUCAAGCUUUCGCCACAGUUUCCCAAUGAAGAAGAUUCAUUUAACAAGUUUGUGGCUCCUGAAGAAGUCCUGCCUUUCACGGAAGGGGACAUUCUGGAGAAAGUCAGCGUCCACUGCCCCGUGUUUGACUACGUCCCCCCAGAGCUCAUCACCCUGUUCAUCUCCAACAUCGGGGGGAACGCCCCUUCCUACAUCUACCGCCUGAUGAGUGAGCUCUACCAUCCUGACGACCACGUCCUCUGACCGCAUCUGAGGGGCUUCAGCACUGCCGGGCUGCCCACCCGCAUCUCCCCGGGAACCAGGACGCGAACUGGAGUUGACCUAACAAAACCCAAUACUGUUUCCUGCCCGUCUGGAAUCAGCCCAUAAAAAAGGACACAUUCAGGGCUGUUUCUGGCCUUUCAGGUCUGCACAAAGCAGCGGGGCUUGACCUAUUGGUUUUGGAGCCUUUCGGUGACCUGGGGCAGCAGUGCAGGGCCGUAAACUUUAUGGCUCAGUGGUGUGUAAAACAUAACACCGAGUACCUUGGCAGAACACAGGUUUUUUUGCUCAGAAAUGGCUGCCACACUUUUUUUUCUAGGCCGUGCCAAUAAAAGCUGCUCGAAAGUUCCGUCGUGGGUUUAUUUAUUGUUCUGCUCUGAUGGAGUUGCCCGAAACAGCAGCGGCGGGCCUCUUUGUGUAUUUUCAUAGAGGCCUGUAAUUAGAAGUAACAGUUUAAAACAGAGAGAUACAAAUGCAAGUAUUUACACUCUCUUUUAUAAUUCACUGGCAGUGGUCCCGAGCAACUUGUUAUCCAUCUAAGACCUGGUUUCAAAACCUCUCUCAUCAACAGAAUCAUCUGGGAAGUUUGAAAAAGAUAUACAAUCUUAUGGUGGCUCCAUUUGCAAAACUGAGAGUGCACUGGACUUCUAAAGUACGUAUACAGAAGGACUUUGUAAUUUCAUGGUGACUAAAUUAAAAAUCAAUAACAUUUAAAAAUUACAUAUCCA